AUGACAUCAUUCACUUCCACGUUAGUACCUCUCACAUCACCAACAUCAACCAUGGAUAUUAAACAACGUUUUGGCUUACUUUCUGAACCCUCUCAACAACAACUAUUACCCUCAUCCUCACACGGAGACUCUUCUCGGAGGCUCAUUGUCGGUGAGGACGGAAAAGAAGAGAAGGAAAAAAGCCUUUUUCAUUCUAAUCAUGAAGACGAAAGUUGCUCUUCUUAUGAUCAUAACAAUAGAAAUAGUAGUAGCCCAACCGGAGAAGAUGAGGCUUUUAAUGAUAUGACAACUUCUACUUCACCUUUUCAAUCAUCGACAUCACGGAAACCAAUUGAAUUUCUCUCUGCUGUAGAUAACCAUCAUCAUCACCAUGUAAAUAAUUCCAACAUUCCUAACAAGACAGAUUUUACUAGUAGCAGUUCCGGCAUGCCAUUACAUCCGUACGAAAACAUUCGAGAUGAAAAAAGUUCAUUACGGUACUUGUUACAGACCUUCUUCCAAAGAAGCAAUAUAAAAGGAGGUUUUUGGGUAACUUUAUGGUUUUUACUGAAUUUAAUUGUGGCAUUUGGAAACAAGAUUGUGUUUUGGGGAGGAUUUGAAUUUCCUGUUAUUUUGUCUUUGAGCCACAUGAUCAUGUCUUGGAUUCUGUCUUCAUUGGCCAUUGAAUAUUACAAACGAAAAGCAGUGAACAAGAGUGAAAUUGAAGAAUAUGAAAUCAGCCCAGAGGUGAAAAAAGAGCUGUGGCUGUACAUUGGAGUAUUUAUUUUGAACAUUAUCUACGGAAAUAUUAGUGUGUUUCGAACCUCGUUACACAUGUCACAGAUUGUUCGAAGUACAGUACCUAUUUUCGUACUAGUACUGAGCUAUCUCUUCAUGGGAACAAAGACCUCAUUAUACAAAGUUCUCAUCGUUACUACAGUGAUCAUUGGUGUGAUACUGACAGUAUUACACAACGUUGAAAUCUCCAUUUCUGAUUUAGUGGUCCUAUUAAUUGGCAAUUUAUUCGCUGCAUUGAAGACAACAUUAACAAACAAGUCUCUUAAAAGCUACAAAAUCCAUCCAUUGGUUCUCAUCAAGUUUGUUGCUCCUUUCGCUUCUUUAGGAAUGUUAUGCAUUGCCUUAUUCAACGGAGAAGUUUUCUCAUUGUCGAAACGAUAUCAUCAAGUAGAGUGGUGGAAAGGUUAUGGAUUUGUGUUCAUCACGUCAGUUCUUUCCUUCUUCCUAAAUACCACUAACUUUGUAGCUAACAAGACAACCAGUCCUCUCACCAUGAGUUUGACAGCCAAUUUGAAACAAGUGUUAAUUGUCGUUGUGAGUUUAACCUUAAUGCAUGAAGAGAGCAUUACCUUGUUGAAUAUUUGUGGAAUUGCAAUCACCUUGUCAGGAAUGUUCCUCUAUUCGAUUCUCUCUGUGUAG